AUGGACCAAGGAAAUGGGACAAGUGUGGCUGAGUUUGUGCUCCUGGGUCUCUCCCAGGCCUGGGAGGUCCAGCUCAUCCUCUUUCUCCUCUUCAUGCCACUCUACUUGCUGAUUCUGCUAGGCAAUGUCCUCAUCAUUCUCACCAUACAAGGAGACCUGAGCCUAGGGUCCCCCAUGUACUUCCUCCUGGCCAAACUGGCCCUCCUGGGCAUCUGCUACUGUUCCAUCACCCGCCCCCUUCCCCCCCCCCCGAAGAUGCUGGGUGACUUCUUCUAUGAGCACAUGACCAUCUUCUAUGUGGGCUGCAUGGCCCAGCUCGUCUUCCUCCACUUCUUGGGGGCAGCUGAGAUGUUCCUGCUGAUGGCCAUGGCCUAUGAUAGGUACAUGACCAUCUACAUGCCCCUCCACUACAUGAACCUGGUGAUCAGAAGGGUCUGCUGUGUCCAGGCGGGGGUAGCAUGGACAGGAGGGUUUGUGCAUGUCGCUAUCUUGGUGGGUCUGACCAUCCGCCUCCCAUUCUGUGGCCCCAAUGUUCUGGACAAUUUAUUCUGUGACAUGCAUCAAGUCAUCAGACUGGCCUGCACUGCCACCUACACAAUGGAGCUACUGACAUUCGCCAACAACGGGCUGGUCAUAUUGAUGCCCUUCCUUCUCCUGGUCAUCUCAUACACUGUGCUUCUGGCCAAGCUGAGAAUGCACUCCCCCAAAGGGAAGAGCAAAGCAGCCACCACCUGCAUCACCCACAUCAUAGUCAUCUUUGUCAUGUUCUGUCCUACCAUUUUCCUCUAUGCCCAGCCAUUUCGGUCCUUCUCCAUGGACAAGGUGGUGGCCGUGUUCCACACUGUGAUCUUCCCCCUGCUGAAUCUCAUGAUCUACACACUCAGGAAUAAGGAGAUUAAGAACACUAUGAAGAAAUUAGUCAGAUGA